AUGGGAACUGCUUCGCGGCAGUUCAAGAUUAUGCUCAGAAAGAACUGGCUCCUCAAAAUUCGUCAUCCUUUCGUUACUGCUGCUGAGAUUUUGCUCCCUGCGAUUGUGUUGAUGCUGUUAGCAGCUGUAAGAACAAGAGUGGAUACACAAAUUCAUCCAGCUCAAUCGCACAUUCAAAAAGAUAUGUUUGUAGAAGUGGGGAAAGACACCGAAGAAACAAGGAUGAUGAUAGAUGUGCUGUCGAUCAAAUUUCCGAUUUUGAAGCUUGUUAGUAUUGUAUACAAAGAUGAGUUAGAGUUGGAAACAUACAUCCGGUCAGAUGCUUAUGGUACCUGUAAUGACAUAAGGAAUUGUUCAGAUCCCAAAAUUAAAGGAGCAGUUGUGUUUUAUGAACAAGGUCCUCAGUCAUUUGAUUAUAGCAUACGCCUCAAUCAUACAUGGGCUUUCUCCGGUUUUCCGGAUGUUACAACAAUAAUGGAUACAAAUGGCCCUUUUCUCAAUGACUUGGAACUUGGUGUUAGUGCUGUACCAACAAUGCAAUACAGCUUCAGUGGGUUUUUGACACUCCAGCAAAUGGUUGAUUCAUUUAUAUUAUUUAUAGCCCAACAACCUGAAUUAAACUCAAAUGCCGAAACUGUAAAGCUUCCUCUUCUAGGAUUUAAUGACACUGAUUCCUCGCUAAAAGUUCCAUGGACUCAGUUUAACCCUACUAACAUACGAAUAGCUCCAUUUCCCACUCGAGAGUACACUGAUGACCAAUUCCAAGCAAUAGUAAAGAAAGUCAUGGGAAUAUUGUAUUUAUUGGGGUUUCUCUAUCCAGUUUCUCGCCUGAUAAGUUAUUCAGUGUUUGAGAAGGAACAAAAGAUCAAAGAAGGACUCUAUAUGAUGGGCUUAAAAGAUGGCAUAUUUCAUCUCUCUUGGUUUAUCACAUAUGCUUUGCAGUUUGCAAUUUCUUCUGCGGUCAUUACAGCUUGCACCAUGGAUAAUAUAUUCAAAUAUAGUGAUAAGACACUGGUGUUUGCAUAUUUCUUCAUUUUUGGGCUUAGUGCAAUCAUGCUGUCAUUUUUGAUAUCCACCUUUUUCAAAAGGGCCAAAACAGCUGUAGCUGUUGGAACUCUGUCAUUUCUUGGUGCCUUUUUCCCUUAUUACACUGUCAACGACGAGGGAGUCUCUGUGAUCUUGAAGGUUCUUGCUUCUCUACUUUCACCUACGGCAUUUGCUCUGGGUUCUGUCAACUUUGCUGAUUAUGAGCGUGCUCAUGUUGGGCUUCGUUGGAGCAACAUAUGGCGGGAGUCCUCUGGAGUGAACUUUUCUGCAUGUCUUCUAAUGAUGAUACUUGAUACACUGCUCUAUUGUGCAAUUGGACUGUAUUUCGAUAAGGUUCUUCCAAGAGAGUAUGGACAGCAAUAUCCAUGGAACUUUAUUUUCAAAAAAGAUUUCUGGAGAAAGAAAAAAAUUGUAAAUAAUUGUUCCUCCAGUUUUAAAGUUAAAAUUGCUGGUAGUAGUUCUGAGCCAGAAAGGAAUCUUUUGGGGCAAGAUACUACCAAUCCUGCUAUAGAAGCAAUAAGCUUAGACAUGAAACAACAGGAGCUUGAUGGCAGGUGCAUUCAAAUCAGGAAUUUGCAUAAAGUGUAUGAUACUAAAAAAGGAGAUUGCUGUGCUGUUAACUCAUUACAACUGACAUUAUAUGAAAAUCAGAUUCUUGCUCUUCUAGGACAUAAUGGAGCUGGGAAAAGCACGACAAUAUCAAUGCUUGUUGGUCUUCUUCCUCCUACUUCUGGGGAUGCUUUGAUUUUUGGAAAGAACAUUGUCUCCGAUAUUGAUGAGAUACGGAAGGUUUUGGGUGUCUGUCCACAACAUGAUAUACUCUUUCCUGAAUUGACUGUGAGAGAGCAUUUAGAACUAUUUGCUAUAUUAAAGGGUGUGGAGGAAGACACUCUGGAGAAUGUUAUUAUUAAUAUGGCUGAUGAGGUGGGCCUGGCUGAUAAAAUCAACAAUGUUGUGAGAUCUCUUUCUGGUGGCAUGAAGAGGAAAUUGUCUCUUGGAAUUGCAUUAGUUGGAAACAGUAAGGUUAUAAUUCUUGACGAGCCUACAAGUGGAAUGGAUCCAUAUUCAAUGCGAUUGACUUGGCAGUUAAUAAAAAAAAUUAAGAAGGGCAGAAUAAUUUUGCUUACAACACAUUCCAUGGACGAAGCAGAUGAACUAGGUGACCGGAUAGCCAUCAUGGCCAAUGGUUCUCUGAAAUGCUGUGGAAGCUCCCUUUUCUUGAAGCAUCAUUAUGGAGUUGGUUACACUUUAACUCUUGUGAAGUCUACUCCUGCUGCUUCUAUAGCUGGUGAUAUUGUACACCGAUAUAUUCCAACAGCAACUUGUAUAAGUGAGGUUGGAACUGAGAUUUCCUUCAGACUCCCUAUGGCAUCCUCCUCAACCUUUGAAAGGAUGUUCAGGGAAAUUGAAGGUUGCAUGAAAAAGCCAGUUUUAAGGAUGGAAAUAAGUGGCAGUUAUGAAAAAGACUGUCACGGUAUUGAAAGUUAUGGUAUAUCUGUAACAACCCUUGAGGAGGUAUUCUUGAGAGUUGCUGGAUGUGACUAUGAUGAAGUUGAAUGCUCUGAAGAAACUAACCGCUCCCUUAUAUCAGAACCUGUAGUUUCUCUUACUUCUGAUGAUCGUCCAUCCACAAAAAUAUGUUAUUAUAAAGUUUUUGGAAAUUAUAAGAAGAUUAUUGGCUUCAUGUCUAUGAUGGUGGGGAGAGCUUGUGGUUUAAUAUUUACUGCAGUUAUUAGUUUUAUCAACUUCAUAGGCAUGCAGUGCUGUAGCUGUUGUCUCAUUACUACGUCCACUUUUUGGCAACAUUCUAAAGCUUUAUUUAUUAAGAGGGCAAUAUCUGCUCGCAGAGAUCACAAAACAAUUAUGUUUCAACUAAUAAUUCCCGCUCUCUUCUUGUUUAUUGGUCUUUUAUUUAUGGAGCUCAAGCCACAUCCUGAUCAGAUUUCACUGACUCUUUCAACUUCUAAUUUUAAUCCUCUAUUGAGCGGUGGGGGUGGGGGUGGUCCAGUUCCGUUUAACCUAUCUUUUCCAAUUGCAGAAAAGGUAGCACAAAAUGUCAAAGGAGGUUGGAUUCAAAGUUGUAGCCCAAGCUCAUACAAAUUCCCCAAUUCAAAAAAGGCAUUAGCUGAUGCAAUGGAAGCAGCUGGGCCAACUUUAGGACCUUCUCUACUUUCAAUGAGUGAAUAUUUGAUGUCUAGCUUUAAUGAAUCCUACCAAUCUAGGUAUGGUGCAAUUGUGAUGGAUGAUCAAAAUACCGAUGGAAGUUUAGGCUAUACUGUAUUACACAACUUUUCUUGUCAGCAUGCUGCUCCCACCUUUAUCAAUUUGAUGAAUUCUGCAAUUCUUAGGCUUGCUACUCAUGACAUGAAUGCCACAAUUCAGACACGCAACCACCCUCUACCAAUGACACAAAGCCAGCACUUACAACGUCAUGACCUUGAUGCUUUCUCUGCUGCCAUCAUUGUCAACAUAGCCUUCUCUUUCAUUCCUGCCUCAUUUGCUGUUUCAAUUGUUAAGGAACGAGAAGUGAAAGCUAAGCAUCAACAACUAAUCAGUGGGGUUUCAGUCCUUUCAUAUUGGGCCUCUACAUUUAUUUGGGACUUCGUGAGCUUCUUGUUUCCGGCCUCUUUUGCCAUAGUUCUCUUUUACAUCUUUGGUCUGGAUCAGUUUGUUGGGGGAGUUUCUUUGUUACCAACUAUCAUCAUGCUUUUGGAAUAUGGACUUGCUAGUGCUUCGUCAACUUAUUGCCUUACAUUUUUCUUUUUUGACCACACUGUGGCCCAGAAUGUGGUUCUCCUGGUUCACUUUUUUUCUGGAUUGAUACUAAUGGUUAUCUCAUUCGUUAUGGGACUCAUCCCAUCCACAAUAAGCGCCAAUUCUUUUCUUAAGAACUUUUUCAGAAUAUCUCCUGGAUUUUGUUUUGCUGACGGACUUGCUUCAUUAGCUCUUCUCCGGCAAGGAAUGAAAGAUAAAACAAGUGAUGGAGUGUAUGACUGGAAUGUUACGGGUGCCUCCAUUUGUUAUCUUGCUGUUGAGAGCGUUGUUUAUUUUUUAUUGACACUCGGGCUUGAAAUUUUUCCUUCUCUCAAAUUGACUCCGUUCAUGAUCAAGAAGUGGUGGGGGGAUAUUAAUAUGUUCCCACAUAAUUCUACUUAUCUGGAACCUUUAUUAGAACCUCCUGAAACUGUUAUUACGGACCUCAACGAAGACGUGGAUGUGAAAACAGAAAGAAAUAGAGUACUCUCAGGCUCCAUUGACAAUGCCAUUAUCUACUUGCGCAAUCUUCGCAAGGUGUAUUCUGAAGAGAAGAAACAUGGGAAAAAGGUUGCAGUAGAUUCAUUAACCUUCUCAGUUCAGGAAGGAGAAUGUUUUGGCUUUUUAGGAACAAAUGGAGCUGGAAAGACCACAACACUUUCUAUGUUAUGCGGGGAAGAAUCUCCUUCUGACGGGACUGCUUUUAUUUUUGGCAAAGAUAUAUGUUCCCAUCCCAAGGCUGCUCGUAAACAUAUUGGGUAUUGUCCACAAUUUGAUGCUCUGUUGGAAUUCUUAACUGUAAAAGAGCAUCUUGAGCUCUAUGCUAGAAUAAAAAGUGUUCCAGACUACACAAUAGACAAUGUUGUUAUGGAAAAGUUGGUAGAGUUUGGCUUAUUGAAGCAUGCUAAUAAACCAUCAUUUUCACUUAGUGGAGGGAAUAAAAGAAAACUAUCUGUUGCAAUUGCAAUGAUUGGAGAUCCUCCUAUUGUCAUUCUUGAUGAACCAUCCACAGGAAUGGAUCCCAUUGCCAAAAGGUUCAUGUGGGAUGUAAUAUCUAGAAUCUCAACUAGACGAGGAAAGACUGCAGUUAUUCUUACUACCCAUAGCAUGAAUGAAGCUCAAGCCUUGUGUACCAGAAUAGGGAUUAUGGUUGGUGGACAACUAAAAUGUAUUGGAAGCCCGCAGCAUCUAAAGACAAGAUUUGGCAAUCAUCUAGAACUAGAGGUAAAACCCACUGAAGUGAGUUCUGUGGACUUGCAAGCACUGUGCCAAGCUAUUCAGGAAAUGCUUUUUGAUGUCCCUUCUCAACCUAGAAGCUUACUUAAUGACCUUGAAAUUUGCAUUGGGGGUGCUGAUUCCAUCGCCUCAGGAAAUACCUCCAUUGCAGAGAUUAGCUUGAUACCAGAUAUGAUAGGCUUAAUUGGACGAUGGCUUGGCAACGAAGAAAGAGUGAAGACUCUAAUGUGCUGUACACCUGUCUAUGACGGGGCCUCUCAGGAACAGUUAUCUGAACAAUUAUUUCGAGAUGGUGGUAUUCCAUUGCCAGUAUUUUCUGAGUGGUGGUUGUCCAAACAAAAAUUCUCAGAAAUUGAUUCAUUUAUUCUCUCUUCAUUUCGUGGAGCAAGAUGCCAAGGAUACAAUGGUUUAAGCAUCAGAUACCAGUUACCUUAUGACGAGGACAUUUCUCUGGCAGAUGUUUUUGGACUUCUUGAAGCAAACAGAGAUAGGUUAGGAAUUGCAGAGUACAGCCUCAGCCAAUCAACUCUGGAGACAAUAUUUAAUCAUUUUGCAGCUAAUUCUUGA